AUGAGCGUCGUUUCACCAACCCCUCUUCCGCUUUCACAGCCACAAGUCCUGAUCAAAGAUGCCUCCAUUGUUCAAGUGAGAGCCACCGAUGAUAUUGAGCAAAACACUUCCUUCACUGUUGAGCCAAAGCCUGUUCCUCGCGGAACACCUGCCUUUGAAGCUAGACGCGCUGCUCUUCUCAACACCAUCAAAGCCAAAGUCCCUCUGGAGUACUACCUCCCUGCCGAGUUAAUCGCCAGUCCUCCCCUUGACGUUUCCGGAAUCCCUGCUUCUUGCGGCAUCCUCACUGCAGACGAGGUUCGCAUCACAGAAGACUAUGAUGCUGUUGGUCUACUGCAGGCACUCGCCAGCCGUCAAUUUUCGGCUGUUCAAGUCGCCACUGCUUUUGCCAAGCGUGCUAUCGUCGCACAUCAACUCACCUGUUGUUUAACGCAAUGGCUUAUGGAUGAAGCUAUUGCUCAAGCGAGAGGUCUUGAUGAGUACAUGGCCAAGCACGGGAAACCCAUCGGUCCUCUGCACGGACUGCCCAUCAGCAUUAAGGAACACAUGGCCAUAGCUGGGACACUGUCUUCUCAAGGCUGUCUGGCGAGCCUGAGGGAGGAUACAACAGAUAGUGACAUGGUUGCGAUUCUGAGAAGUCUUGGCGCUGUGUUCUAUUGCAAGACCAAUCAGCCGCAAACUAUUAUGCACCUUGAGACUGAUUCCCUUUGGGGUCGUACUCUCAACCCUUUCAACAUCAACCUCUCAGCUGGUGGUUCUACCGGCGGUGAAGCAGCCCUAAUUGCAAUGAAAGGUUCUGUCCUCGGUGUUGGUACUGAUAUCGGCGGUAGUAUCCGUGGUCCUGCAGCUUUUUGCGGUAUUUACGGAUUCAAGCCAACGUCGUACACAAUGCCAAUGAGAGGUUUCGAUGCAAUGCCGUUUCCAGCUGAGUUGACUGUUCUGGCAUCAGCUGGGCCUAUGUGCCGGAGCUUGAGAGACAUGGACCUGUUGAUGCAGUGCGUAUUGUCGUCCAAACCCCAUCUAAAGGACCCGAGAUUAGUGCCUAUCCCCUGGAAUGGUCUCAAGACUCCUAUCAAUGGUCCUUUGAAGAUCGGCUUUGUCAACAACGAUGGAUUCAUCGUUCCUCAACCUCCAGUCGUGAAGGCUCUGGCAUGGGCUCGAGAGCAGCUCUGUGAUCCAAGAUACAGUGAUCUUAUUGAGCUCAAGGACUUCAAGGUGUUUGACUCGGCGGGCGCUUGGUCCAAGAUUCAAUGCAUGUAUUGGCCUGACGGUGGACAGCCAUCGAGAGAUGCCAUUCAAGCUACAGGGGAGCCCAUUCAUCCUCUAAGUGACUGGAUCUGGAAAGAUGCAGAGCCACUUGGCAUGAAGACAGCCGUUGACUUGAGUCUCAUGCGUCGGGAGAGAGAUGAAUUUCGCUGGGCAUUUGCAAAGAGCUGGGAAGACCAAGACGUGGAUAUACUGAUUGGACCUGCAUUCGUUGGACCCGCAUCAGCUCAUGAUACAGCGUUCUUCUGGAACUAUACAUCGCUGUACAACCUUGUGGAUUAUCCUGGUGUUGUCAUUCCUACACCUGUCAAGGUGGAGGGGAAUGAGAAGUAUGCUAGUGGGUACGAGCCGUUGAGUGAGGCUUGUGAACAGGUGAAGAAGCUAUGGGAAGAGUCGGACUUUACUGGCGCGCCGAUUGAUCUUCAGAUUGUUGCGAGGAAGUAUCACGAUAAUGAGUUGUUUGGGGCGCUGGCGCUGUUGAAGGAUGUAUUGAAGCUGCAGUAG